UACCGAUAAGCGAUAGGUAUACAUCUCUUAGAUGUAUAUAUUUGCUUCAUGAGUAAUACCAAGAGCCAACUCUAUGGGAAAUCGUAGCCGUUAGUUGAUGCCUGACACAUUUUUCUUUGCGUCGUACGUUAUGUCGUCAUGUCAUACUUUUUACCUCGGAUUAUCAAUCAUCCGUCUCGCCUAUGCCGACCGAUCUCUUCUGCACCGCUCACAAUGAUAUACCUACAUACACGCACACCGUAAUUCCUCCUUUACGAUAUCGGUAUUGACAUGCCCUGUUACUGGUACUAGCCACCAGCUACUUGACCUUCUCUAUCGGUACCGGAGAUACCCGCACUCGAUUUUCUGGCUGGCAACUUGUCUUAUCCCCGCUGGUACUGCUGCUACUACUAUGAUGAACACGCCCGGGACGCCAUCGUCUGCAGCUACACCUCGACCAUCUUCAGGGAACGAAGCAUGCGUGCAAUGUCGACGAAUAAAGCGCAAGUGUCAUCGGCUGGAAUCCCAGUCGACCUGUGUUCGCUGUCAAGAGCGAAACCUGGACUGUACUUACAAACAAGCUCAACGGGGUCGAAAGCCCGGGAAGAGCAUUGUUGAUUCGACUUCGAUUCGGGACCGGUCGGUAUCGCCAACGAGAAGUCGCCGAAAUGCUCAAGAUAGAGCGGAGUCGCUCGGGUCCCAGCCUCGAACGAUGGGACCAGACGAGGUAUUAUCACACCCCUCGAGUACACUCAACGGUCGUUCUUCACCUAGCCCGUUGGCGACGCAUUUUUCUUUAUCACGGAUAACGAAGCAAGGGGUAGAACCGACUAUGGGAGCUGAUGGACAACCUGCUGGGUCGCUGGCUACGGCGUUUGAUGAUCAACAUAUCGAUGCUGUGGGAUUUGAUCCGUCGAUCGCGGUCUCUGGGAUAUUCUCGGAUCCGUUGACCAAGGGACUGCUUGUCGGAUUCGAAGUCGAAGCUCUGUUUGCGUUCUACUUUGACGCUCUCAACGACAUGAUCGCGCUCCUCGAUCCUGCUCUACACUCACCGACGUAUUGCCGUAACAGCUCAGGCAUACUCUUCACCUCCAUCCUCACCGUCGCGGCAAAGGUGACCCGACCGGACCUUUAUCCUCGACUCCUAGCGAUGUGUGAAGAGAUGAGCGUCAACUGUUUCCGGACCGGCUCACGUGAUAUCGGGUAUAUUCAGAGCGUCAUCUUGUUGGCUUUCUGGAGACAGGCCCAUGAUUCUACCGCUUGGAUCAUGUUCGGUCACGCUAUACGGUUGGGGUUCGCUAUCGGGUUACAUAGGUUCGCACGUAGACCUUUGCCGUCGGACGAGUUGCAGGCUAGGUUGAUUCUGAAUCGGGAGAGAACGUGGUUACCAUGUCCCUCUCGCAGUCUGGCCAUGCAAUACCAGCUUCCGACCACGAUUCCUGCCGAGUCCAAAUACCGAGCUAGGUCAUGGGUGGAAGAUCAUCGUCAGCUCAUGUGCCCUCAGGACGGCUUCCUCGCCACAUGCCUGGAAGUCUGCCAACUGUUUAGGCUGCUAGCGGACCUCCCGGCUUGUCAGGAAAGACCUAAUCAGACCGAUCAUCUGCUUCAGCUGAUAAACAAGGAAUGGCUCGAAUGGAAAAGCGUCUGGUUUACGGGGAAUCAACUCCUUACUACCGAUCGCGCCUUGCCUACAAUCCAGGGCGAUGUGUACGCCUCUACGACAGUCAUUCCACUCCGCCCAAGGCAGAAGAGCUUGAUGCGCUUUUGUGACCAUGUCGUACGGUUCCAUAUCACGGAACGUCACUGGGUCGGCCAAACGAAAUCGGCUCCUGGAUCGAGUGGGACGGCUCUAGCGUUGAUGGACUGUUUCGACGCCGCCAUAGAGGUAGUGCUCUCGUUCGCGACCGAUCUCUCUGAUCAUGGGAUCCUUCCAUAUGCGCAAGACAUGGUCUGGAUAGCAUCGAGUUCGGCAGCUAUCUGGAUCAAGAGGGCUUUCAGCGAGAUUCCACAAACGGAGCGAGACCGCGCUAUCCACACUCUGCAAGCUGCACAGACCGCUUGCGUUGCGGUCAACAGACAACCGGAUGAUAUGCCAGGCUUCGCUUCCAGGCUCAUGGGCCGACUUUUACAGGAUUGUAGGACGGAACUCGCAACGACUGCCAUCGCUCCAGCAGAGCUGCAACCGAGACGCACCUCGCAAGGAUUGUCGAGUGGACAAGGGGUGGUCGAUGCCCGGACUGCGAACCCGUCUGAUUACUUGUUCGGCGUCGCGCCUCUUGAUUUCGCCGACCCGUUUGCUUUCCUCGAUCUGUCGAUGGGCGAUGAUCAGGAGUUAUGGCAUACAUUAUUUCCUGGGAACCCCUCGUAGAGAUCUAUAUAGACCACUGAUUGCAUACCUGAAAUUUGACCUUGAUAUGUCAUCACUACCGUAAGACCCUGGCCAAGACAAAUAAAAGAUUCGAAGCAGGCGAACGUAGCGUUUUCCACAUGUCCAUCGUUGGCGCGACCGAGCGCUGAGUAGCGUUGAGAACGACGAUACACAGUUGGGGAAGGGAUGUACCCGGGUUACCAAUUCUCCUGUCAG